CGGCGCCUACAGAUGACGUAGCAGCCCCUGGUUGGCAGAGUUGCGUAAUUCGCGAGAACGGAGGUGACGCCUAAGGCUUGUGCCACAUUCGCAUGCUGGGUUUCCACCUGGCGGGAGGCAUGGCUGAGCCGGCUAGUGAUUUCGUGUCUUCUGCAGGGUGGUUGCCAGCAUCCGAGCUGACCCCCACUUUGGGGCCUCCGAGGGACACUGCCGCGCAGCGGGACAGCUGGAUGCUCUGGGCAAUGCUGCCGCCGCCACCACCACCGCCUUCGUCGUCCGCCCCCGUAGCAGGGUCACAGCCUUCCUCAGAGAAGCAGCCCCUUCAGGAAGCCCAGGCUCUCCCCGAGGCGCCUCCUCCCUUCGACGCCCAGAUUCUUCCGGGGGCACAGCCUCCCUUCGACGCCCAGUCCCCGCUUGAUUCUCAGCCUCACCUCAACGGCCAGCCUUCCUGGAAUUUCCAGGCUUCGACAUCAUGGUAUUGGAGACAGUCUCCUGGUGUUUUUCCUGGGCAUCAGAACGCUCCAGUUAAACAUCCUUAUUUUCCACGAAAAUAUGAUCCAAAGUUCGCUGAUGUCAACUUCCCUCCCAGUAGAAAACAGAAAAAAAAGAAAAGAAAGGAACCAGUUUUUCAUUGUUUUUGUGAUACCUGUGAUCGUGGUUUUAAAAAUCAAGAAAAGUAUGAAAAACACAUGUCCGAACAUACAAAAUGUCCUGAAGUAGAUUGUUCUUUUAGUGCACAUGAGAAGAUUGUCCAGUUCCAUUGGAGAAAUAUGCAUGCUCCUGGUAUGAAGAAGAUCAAGUUAGAUACUCCAGAGGAGAUUGCAAGAUGGAGGGAAGAAAGAAGGAAAAACUACCCAACUCUGGCCAAUAUCGAAAGAAAGAAAAAGUUAAAACUUGAAAAGGAAAAGAGAGGAGCAGUUUUGACGACGACACAGUAUGGCAAGAUGAAGGGGAUGUCCAGACAUUCACAGAUGGCAAAGAUUAGAAGUCCUCGCAGGCAUCACAAAUGGAAAAAUGACUGCAUUGGACAGAAAGCAGCCGUUGGAUCUGGCAGUUGCUUGGGUGAUGCGAAGCCUGAAGAUCCACCUGAAGCAAAUUCAGACCCUCUGGGUGUUUUGGUAAACACGGAUUCUGAGUCUGAUAAAGAGGAGAAACCGCAAAGCACUGUUAUACCCAAGGAAGUGACACCAGCCCUGUGCUCACUCAUGAGCAGCUAUGGCAAUCUCUCAGGGUCAGACAGUGAGCCAGAAGAAGCUCCCAUUAAGACUGAAGCAGACAUUCUGGUGGCUGAUGAGGUUCUUCAUAGCAAUACUCCUAAGAGACCCAGUCCCAGUGCUAAAGUGAAUGCUAGAAAGUAUGAGAGCCCAAAGAAAAGUUUUAAAAAGACAAAACCUAAGAGGAAAAAAGAUUAUCACAACUAUCAAACGUUAUUUGAACCACGGACACACCAUCCAUAUCUCCUGGAAAUGCUUUUAGCUCCGGACAUCCGACAUGAAAGGAAUGUGAUUUUGCAGUGUGUUCGGUACAUCAUCAAAAAGGACUUUUUUGGACUUAAUACUAAUUCUGCAAAAACUGAAGAUAUAUAGGUAUCUGAUGUUUCAGCACUCAUGUGAAAUAGCCCCAUCUUAAAGUUAGUGGAGGAAAACCUUUUUAAAAAAACAAAACAAAACAAAAAAAAAUGGAUUAGUAAUUAAAUUGUAGGCCUCAUGGGAUAUUAUGUUGGAUUUUUAAAUCUUUCCUUUGAAUCUAUGCAAAUAAAUACAUAACUGAUUUUUAAGACUGUGUCUGUAUUGUUGGGGAUGUGCAUAGUAUUUGCUGGCAGAAUUCUGUUAUUUAUAUUUACUUGUAUGUAUUGCUGUCAGGUAAGGAAGUCUGCU